CUCCGGCCGGACAAGCUGCUUUUCCCCCCGGGGCUUCGUGGAGUUUGCGUGGGGAAGGCUGGGAACGAGGCCAGAUCAGAGGCUAAAAAUGGCACUUGGACACUCUGAAACCAGGGAGGGUCUGAGAAUUACUGCUGAGCAGGAAUAUGCCCUUGGUGGUGAUGGCACAUCAGGAUCCAGGAUGAUGGACCAAAGCUUGUCAGCUCUAAUCACAGAUUAUGGAAAACAGGUGGAGGAAAUGAGAGAACAGCUGCAGCUUUAUCAGGCACAAAUGGGUGAGAUGAAGCUAAAAUUGGAAGAAGUCACCAAGGAAAAUGAAAGGCUGCAUGCAGAGUUGAAAGAGCCUCUUGAGAAGCAACUGGAGGCUCUUCCUUUUGUGCAUCCUGAAACUGAUAUUCCUGCAGAUGAAGGCACAGUGAGAGCCCUUCAAGAAGAACUACAGCUGGCAAAGCAAGAGAAAGACCAAGCAGUUGAGCGCUGGCAGACGUUGUCACAGGAGCACGACCGACUUCAGCAGCAGUACCAGGAGCGCCUGACUAGAACACACGUUCUCAUAGCUGAAAGGAAAAAGCAGAAUGAUCAACUGAGUAGCAUUCAGCAGCUGACUCGCCAACUGCACAUGACCAAUCAGCAGUUUCUGAAAACUGUGACAGAACAAGAUGUGGAACUAGAGCAGCUACGAAAACAACUGAGGCAAGCCAAAAUAGAUGGGCAGGCAGCAAAUGUUAAGCUUGAAGAAAUGAAGGCAUUGAAAGAGAAGCUUCAGAGCCAAUUGGAGAGAAAGGAAGAAGACAGGAUGUCUGCCCAGGAGAGAGAAACAGCAUCUGACAAACGCUUGCAGCAAAUGCAGUCUAACAUAAAAGAGUUAGAAAUAAGAUUGUGUGUGACUGUUCAAGAUGCUGAACGGCUGAGAACAGAAAAAGUAGCCCUGGAGGAACAGAUCAGAGAGCUUCAGGCUAAGUCUGCCAAUCUAGAAAGUGAGACAUAUGAUGCUGUUGCAAAAGUCCAAGAUUGCAUACAGCUCUUGGAAGAAGCUAACCUGCAAAAAAGUCAGGCACUCUUUGGGGAGAAACAAAAGGAAGAAGAGAUCAAAAAACUGCAGGAUGAAAUGUCUCAACUUGCAGAAAAUACUGCUGCAAGAAUUAGAAAAGAAGUAGACACUGCAAAGAAGCAAUGUAACAUGCAGCUUUCUCGGCUGACAGAAGAAGUUUCCGCUCUUCAGAUGGAAUGUGGAGAGAAACAAAGCCAAAUUGAACGAGCCAUUAGAGAGAAGAGAGCAGUGGAAGAAGAACUUGAAAAGAUCUACAGGGAGCACAGAGAGCAUGAAUCUGACAGCAGGAAGCUCGAGCAGCUGCAUCAGAAGUAUUUAGUUGCAGAAGCUGCCAAGGAUGACCUGCAGAGGAGUCUACAGACGACACAAAAUAAACUGAAACAACUGGAAAUGAACUCUGAGGAAGAGAAGUCUCGUUGCCAGGAAGUUAUCUGUAAAUUGCAAAGCACUCUGGAUUCAGAAAGAGAAAAGAGUGCCUUUGUCAGUGAACAAAGACUGAAACUUCAGCAGGAGAAUGAGCAAUUGCAAAAUGAAAUGGAGGGUUUGAGAAAACUGGCAGUAGAGGCCCAACAAAAAGCUAAAAUAAAGAUAAGCACAAUGGAGCAUGAGCAUGCAGUGAAAGAGCAUGGGUAUGAAGCUCGACUCAGGGAGAUGGAGGACACCAGUCACAAGUCCACUACUGAGCUCAGACGUCUCUUAGUCGCUCAGCAAAAAGCAACAAACAGGUGGAAAGAAGAAACAAAAAACCUCACUGAAACUGCAGAAGCCAGGAUCAGUAAGCUGAAAAGUGAGCUGCGUCAACAAAAACUCCGUGGCCAGGAGCUCAUUUCCCAGCUGGAAAUAGCAAAUGAGAAGGUAACUGAGGAUGAGACGUUGAUGAUGGAAUAUCAGGAAUACAUCGACAGGCUUCAGAAGAGGCUGAGCCAGGCAGAACAGAGAGCAGCCACAGCAUCCCAACAGGUACCCAGCUCACAAAAAGUGUUAUCCAAGCACAUGGAAUAUGCAAAAGUGCUCACUUUACAUCAUUCCUGAGGCAGAGGUGAUCAUUGGUGAGCAUUAUUACCAACACGAUUUUAACAAGCUUGGAUUUUGGACAUGUCACCUUCUGACAGGAUGUUUAUUUGACAGCUUAGGUUUGUUUGUGGAAACAGUUUCAUAUGAAUGAAACCUGCACAGUUCAAAAUGUGUGAAUGAAGGCGUACAGGCCUUUCCAGCUUUAGAAAAGGCAAAUUAGCAAAGACAAAAAUCCCUUAAAUAAUUGUAGCUCCUGUUUGCUGGUCUGCUGGAGUGCACCCACUGCAGUUACCAUUGGCUCUGUGUAACAGCUGCAGCAGCUCCUGCAGUGGUAAAAAUUGUGAAGAGUAGGAAAUGCUUGUUUCUUUCCAGGCCAUUGGAGAGGUAAAGGAGAGAGAGUGUAUCCCUCCUGGUAUUCAGUUUUUCCAUAGUGUUUCAGCUGUACAACUUGAAGCAAAUCCCAUUGGGGGUUUAUACACUGAGUUCAUUUUUUUGCCAAGGAACUUCAUUACUCAAGUUGGCCUCCUAUUAAGUAAAGAUGGUCUUUCUGUCUCGUGCCUUUUUUUUUUUUUUGCCUUUUUUUUUUUUUUCCU